AUGCAACUUUUAUACGAUGCAUGCAGAAAAUGGUUCACAAUCGGCAGUCUUGCAGUCUUUCCAGUGACUUUCCUCGUCAAUGCACCGUUCGGCCGUUUUGCUGAGAAUGCUACCAUCAAUACCGUCAGAUUAGACGGAGUAAGAUCCUGGAUUGUCAUGGAAAUCGUGUCUCCCAUAUGUUUCGCAUACUCCUACUACAAGUCACCUUUGGGGUUGAAGGCCGGUUUCACAGUUCAACAGCAUGUCCUCGCCGGUCUCUUUCUGAUUCAUUAUCUCAACCGCGCCAUUCUAUCUCCUCUCCGUACGCCUUCGCGGUCCAAAUCUGAUAUCGUUGUGCCGCUAUUAGGCAUCACUUUCAACCUCCUCAACGGCUCUCUGAUGGGUGUCUACCUAUCCUCCCACACGGCGCGCAUCUUCCUUUCAAAUGCGUUUUCAAAGCCUAUCUUCUAUGUAGGAAUCUUCUUGUGGGUCAUAGGCUUCGCUGGAAACAUCGUUCAUGACGAAAUCCUUCUCAACAUCCGACGGAAGGCCAAGAACAAAGGGAAGGCGUCAUCCCAUAGUUCAAAGCCUGGCGAAUACUACGCUAUUCCUUACGGAUUGUUAUAUGAAUAUGUUUCCUUUCCGAAUUAUUUCUGCGAAUGGGUAGAGUGGUUUGGAUUUGCAUUGGCUGCCUCUCCGUUUCCAACCGUAACCUUGGCCUCAUUCUCUUUGCAAUCCCUCUCCACGAAUUUCUCUUCUGCAUCCCAGUUCGCGCCAACAUUAACCCCUCCGUGGAUUUUUUUGAUCGUCGAAUUCGUCUUGAUGUUUCCUCGAGCUUAUAAGGGACACUUGUGGUAUAGGCAAAAAUUUGCCGAAUCGUUUCCCCAGGAGAGAAAGAUUGUUGUGCCAUUUUUGCUUUAA